CAGAAAAAUAUGAUUCAGAAUUCCCUUUAUGACCUGGCUUGACUUUGCAUUUACUCAGUAACUGUGACCCUAAAGAUGGCAGAGGCUCACCAGGCUGUGGCCUUCCAGUUCACGGUCACUCCCGACGGCAUCGACCUGCGGCUGAGUCAUGAGGCCCUUAAGCAGAUCUAUCUGUCCGGACUUCAUUCCUGGAAGAAGAAGUUCAUUAGAUUCAAGAAUGGCAUCAUCACCGGCGUGUACCCGGCGAGUCCCUCCAGUUGGCUCAUUGUCGUGGUGGGCGUGAUGUCCACCAUGUACGCCAAGAUCGACCCCUCGCUGGGGAUCAUUGCGAAGAUCAACCGGACCCUGGACACGACGGGCAGCAUGUCCAGCCAGACGAAGCACGUGGUCAGCGGCGUGCUGUUCGGCACGGGCCUGUGGGUGGCCCUGAUCUUCACCAUGCGGUACUCCCUGAAGGUGCUGCUGUCCUACCACGGCUGGAUGUUCGCCGAGCACGGCAAGAUGAGCCGCGCCACCAAAGUCUGGAUAGGGAUGGUCAAGCUCUUCUCAGGCCGGAAACCCAUGCUGUACAGCUUCCAGACGUCCCUGCCGCGCCUGCCCGUGCCCGCCGUGAGGGACACCGUGAGCAGGUAUCUGGACUCGGUGAAGCCCCUCAUGAAGGAAGCCGACUUUAAGCGGAUGACGGCUCUCGCCGAAGAUUUUGCCGUCAGCCUCGGGCCAAAGUUGCAGUGGUAUCUGAAGUUAAAAUCCUGGUGGGCUACCAACUACGUGAGCGACUGGUGGGAGGAGUACAUCUACCUGCGCGGACGGGGGCCGCUGAUGGUGAACAGCAACUACUACGCCAUGGAUUUUCUGUACGUGUUGCCCACGCACAUCCAGGCCGCCAGGGCGGGCAACACCAUCCACGCGAUCCUGCUGUACAGGCGCCAGCUGGACCGGGAGGAGCUCAAACCGAUUCUCCUCAUGGGCUCCACAGUCCCGCUCUGCUCCGCGCAGUGGGAGCGGAUGUUCAACACGUCCAGGAUCCCGGGAGAGGAGACGGACACCAUCCAGCACGUCAGGGACAGCCGGCACAUUGUCGUGUUCCACAAGGGCCGCUACUUCAAGGUCUGGCUGUACCAUGACGGCCGGCUGCUGCGGCCCCGCGAGCUCGAGCAGCAGAUACAGCGGAUCCUGGAUGACCCGUCGGAGCCUCAGGCCGGGGAGGCCAAGCUGGCGGCCCUCACAGCGGGAGACAGGGUGCCCUGGGCCCGGUGCCGCCAGGCCUACUUUGCGCGUGGGAAGAACAAGCAGUCGCUGGACGCCGUGGAGAAGGCGGCCUUCUUCGUGACGCUGGACGAGACCGAGCAGGGCUACCGGAAGGAGGACCCCGACGCGUCCCUGGACAACUACGCCAAGUCCCUGCUCCAUGGCCGCUGCUUCGACAGGUGGUUUGACAAGUCCUUCACGUUUAUCGUCUUCAAAAACGGGAAAAUUGGCAUGAACGCCGAGCACUCCUGGGCCGACGCGCCCAUCGUGGGGCACCUCUGGGAGUACGUCUUGGCCACUGACAGCUUCCAGCUGGGCUACUUGGAGGAUGGACACUGUAAAGGGGACACCAACCCGAGUAUCCCACCCCCCACCCGGCUGCAGUGGGACAUCCCGGAGGAGUGUCAGGAGGUGAUCGAGACGUCCCUGAGCAGCGCCAGCCUCCUGGCCAACGAUGUGGACUUCCACUCCUUUCCCUUCGACGCCUUCGGGAAGGGGCUGAUCAAGAAGUCCCGCACGAGCCCAGACGCCUUCGUGCAGCUGGCCCUGCAGCUGGCGCACUACAAGGACAUGGGCAAGUUUUGCCUCACGUACGAGGCGUCCAUGACCCGGCUCUUCCGAGAGGGGAGGACGGAGACCGUGCGAUCCUGCACCGUGGAGUCGUGCAACUUUGUGCUCGCCAUGGCGGACCCCUCCCAAACGAUGGAGCAGAGACUGCGAUUGUUCAAGAUCGCGUCGGAGAAGCACCAGCACAUGUACCGCCUGGCGAUGACCGGCGCGGGGAUCGACCGCCACCUCUUCUGCCUGUACGUGGUGUCCAAGUAUCUGGCCGUCGAGUCUCCGUUCCUGAAGGAAGUCCUGUCCGAGCCCUGGAGGCUGUCCACCAGCCAGACCCCUCUGCAGCAGGCGGAGCUGUUUGACUUGGAGAAAAACACGGAGUAUGUGUCCAGCGGCGGGGGCUUCGGGCCGGUUGCUGAUGAUGGUUACGGCGUGUCCUACAUUCUGGUGGGAGAGAACCUCAUCAAUUUCCACAUAUCCUCCAAGUUCUCCUGCCCUGACACGGAUUCUCAUCGCUUCGGGAAGCACCUGAGACAAGCCAUGACCGACAUCAUCACUCUCUUUGGGUUCAGCUCCAACUCCAGGAAGUAACUCCCAGGACGGCUGCGGGAAGGACAGAGGGGCUCUUCUUCCGACAAAAACCAAAUGAAAAAUAGCUGUUACUCCUGAUCCUAGUUCAGGAUGGAAAUUUGCUCUAAAAGACUCACAACUGUUCUUGCCGUCGAGGGUUUGGUGUUUUCUUGUUUUCCCAGAGCAGCGGGCUCCACCCCGUGAAGUGUGGCCCUACUCCUUUCAGGCAGGUUCCCAACGUGGGGGGCACUUGCGGAAGCGCCCCGAAACUCUUCGCAUCAGCUCGCGCUUCCUGGGGGAUGGAACUGUCACGAGGGUUGUGACCUCACACGUGUUGAAAAUGGGAUGGUCACACUCCUCGGCGGCGACCUGGUACUUAGGGGCGUUUAAUUUUUUCAGAGUAAAACUAAAGUGUGUUCCGUCCGUCCGGGGAGAAAGCGCUGGGCUGGAGGUGUUGGCAGCCAACAGCUGACGCACACGUAACGCACUAACGGGAACGCUGUGCUGCCCAACACCGUUGUCCCUGUGGUCACCGUCCUCGUCCAGUUUGGUCUCGUGUGUGUGUGUGUGUUCGCCUGUCCGAGUUGCAAGCAUGUAGUUCGCGCAUCUUUCGUUUUCCCGACCUUGUGAGUAUUCAGAUCCCAGUGCCUUAACCACGGAAGGCCCUAAAUGUAAGGGAGACCGGACAAGGGGUUUAUUUUUAGUCUUUAGGUGGAAUUGUGGGUGUCUGACUCCUCAGUUUACUGAGCGGAUAACCCUAAACAGGCAUUUUCCUGUGGUUCCCGUACCCCGAGAAAGACCGGCGCCCUUCUGAGGGCAGCUCUGUGGGCUCCCCCACGCCACUGCCUGCCUUGAGAGCGAGUGGACGUGCGUCAGAAAUGGGGACAUUGGAUGGUUCCAUAUUGCGUGUCUGGAGCCUCCCCUGAACAAUAAAACAUACCGUGUGCCUCGUACUGCUUACCAAACUCACGGCAAGCAGACGAGACUUCUGCCCCCGAGAAAGGAACAAAA